AUACACAAAAUGUACUCAGGAAAGCUAAUGAAACACCGCUUAAACUGGAGGGCAACUUGUUAAAAGUGAGCACAGUAUUUGAGCCAACACAUGACAGAAGCAUUCUGCUGGCAGGAAAUAUAAAUCCUGAAACAAACGAAGAAACGUUUAAAAGUUUUGUCGAAGUUAAGAAGAAGGCUGACGUCUUGAACGUUGUUUAUGGGAAAGAUGGUAAAGCUAUUGUGAUAUUAAAAAAUGAAAUAGGUAUGUGAAUACUUUGUGUCCGCACGUAUUGACGAAGAAACUUUUGCGGCAACUUGAGACACAACCAUGCUAUCUGAAAAGCAGUCUCAGGAAAUUGCGAGCAAGGUUUCUCACAAUUUCCUUUUGACCACUUUUUGGAGAAAACUUUGGGUCUCCAUCUCAAAAAAUGUAUCGUAAAAUUUUUCUUGUGCAACAUGGUCUUUAAGGAAGAGAUUAUCUAAACGAUUUUCGAUCACUGUAUUACCCUAUUAUUGUGGUCGUGUUAUGCAAUUAAAACAUCUUUCUUUCUCUUAGACGAAUAUUAUGCGAACAAAAAAGACAUGAACUUGGACGGCUCCAUUAUUUCUCUCGAAUUUGCUCCACUGACCAAAGGCAUUAGAGUCAGUAAAAUACCACGAGCAACAAGUUCGGAUGAUAUCAGGUAUAAAUUUUCAAAUCCCAAAAUCGGUGGUGGUGAAGUGACGGACAUGAUGCUGAAUAAAGACAAUGGAGUCGCGAAUGUUUCCUUUGAAAAAUCUUCAG